AUGAGUAAAAUAAAAUUGAAAGCUUUGUUGAUUCCUAAGGAAUUUGAACAGAUUGAUGCAUCCAACAUUGAUCCCAGAAAAUAUGUCAAGUUCUUGUAUCUUGUGGACCGUACAGCGAACAUUGAGAGUUUAGAAGAAGGUUUAAUAACACGAUUUUCUAAAAGAUAUCCAAGAGAGCGGAAACUACGGGUUUUGGCUUUUCAGAAUAAAGAUUUAUGUGAUUUGGAUCCUGAAUUUGCUGUGGAAGAUGUGUUUAAUGAGAGCAAUGAUGAACUUCGAGUUUUGGUGGAUAAUAAAUUCAAAUCAAUUACUUAUACACCCGAACCUGCAAUUUCCACUCCAAUUAACUUUAGUCAAGCUGAAACGAUCCGAGGAGGGGUUUAUAGUACCGUUGACAUAACUGAUGACAAAACCACUCCGAAAAAAUCCAAACAAUCGCCUUUAUCAUCGCCAGUAUCUUUGGCGCCACCACCUGAAUCCAGAUCUAAUCGUAAAAUACCCCAAAAGAAAAAAUCAGUAUCUUCCCUAAAACAAAGGAUCACCAGUGGUAUGCUUGAAGCACCUCCUGCUACGCCAAUGAAUAAUCCGGACAAGGUAUAUUUCGAUGAGCGUAGUUUUACAAGUCCGAAAAAGAAACAACAAAAGGCUAAAAAAAAUGACUCAUUUGUUGCUUCGAGCUCUCUAGAUGAAGUUUCAAGUGGCGAUGAGUAUAAAGAAAGUGAGGAACUGGCUGCAGAAACUGCCGAUUACGAACCUGAAGAAGAAGAGAAAAUACAACCUGAAGAGUUGCUCUCUAUGUAUGAAGAGUUAGAUUUCCAUGAGAAUGAUGAUUUACCAUUGUCACAGACUCUGAAUCCUAAACACUCGACCAUCAAUAAGGCACUACAGAUUGAUAUGGUUGAAGGAAAUCCUGCCAUGUAUUUGUCAAGAACUAAAAGAAGAGCAGCAAGAGAAGCGAACCUUGUUUUUACAUCUUCCAAGAAGGCCGCAAAAACCCCUUCCUCAACCCCUAAACCAGCAUCAACGAUCAAGACAACUCCUAAACCUGGGAAAGUUCAAAAGUCAACCCCAACCACCAAGCAAAAGCAUACAUCUCCAGUGGUGGGUGUUAAUGGUCAAAGUAAAUCCCUUCCUAAACCAACCCAAACUGCUGGUACCGAAAAAAAAAGUCUGAUAUCAACUUCGUCUAAGCAAGCAAAGACCACUGUUGGUAAAGCUCAAACGAAGGCUACACCAGUAACCCACACAAAGACAGCAUUAACAACAACAUCGCAAUCAUCCAAUAAAGCACUUCCAAAACUGACAAAUAAACCAUCAGUUUCUAAAUCAACAUUAGAGGACCUUUAUGAUCGAAUGAAAGUAUUUGGACAAAAAGUGAAAACAUUGAUGGUUCAUGGUGAAGAUGGGAACAUCAUUGGAUACGAAAAGAUACCCAAUGAUUUUGGAGAUGGCAUUCAAUUAGCCCAUGAUAUUUCUAGUGAAGCAAUUGACACGGCUUUACGAUUAACGGUGCAAAAAGAUAGUCAGGACUCAGAUAUUGUCAAAACUGAGGAGAAAGUUUCAAAUCCUGAACCUAUACUGUCAAAUCCAGAGCCUUCUUUGCAACCUGUUGAAAAGAUUGUUUCUAUUUCUAGUGAUACAGAAGUUAAGUCCAAAACAAGUGCUAACAAUUUGGACAGUGAAGAUACUGAUGACAUUGUAAUUAAACCUCCAGUGAAAAACCGGAAAACGGGUUCAACUAAAGCUGCAUCUAAGGAUUUAGAUAGUGAUGAUGAUUUAAAAGAAAUUGCUUCUGCUACAGCACCACCCAAUGUAACUAGCACCAAACCUAUAUCUAAGGAACUGGAUAGUCAUGUUGCUAAUGAUAAUGGUAGUGAUAGCGAUGAUAUUGAUAUCAAAGCUGCUGAUGCUGCAUUUGUGCCGGCUAAAAUAAGUACUGCAACUUCAGCACCAAUUUCAACAAAUGUUAACAGUAAUGUCGCUAAUGAUAAUGGUAGUGAUGGUAUUGAUAUUGAUAUCAAAGCUGCUGAUGCUGCAUUUGUGCCGGCUAAAAUAAGUACUGCAGCUUCAGCGUCAAUUGUUAAUAAUAAUGCCGCUAAUGAAAGCGAUAGUGACGAUAUUGAUAUUGACAUCAAAACUGCUAGUGCUGCUUUUGUCCCAGUUAAAACUGGCACUGCAUCUUCAGCGUCAAUUGUUAACAGUAACGUUGCUAAUGAAAGUGAUAGUGAUGGUGUUGAUAUUGAUAUUGAUAUCAAAGCUGCUGGUCAAGCAUUUGUCCCGGUUAAAACUGGCACUACUGAAGCUUUAGCACCAAUUGUUAAUAGGAAAGUUACUAAUGAUAGCGACAGUGAUGACAUGGAUAUUGAUAUCAAAACUGCUGGCGCUGCAUUUGUUCCUACCAGAAGCGGUACUACUGAAACUUCAGCGCCAAUUGCAAUAAUCGUCGAUAGUAGUGAAGAGGAAACUGGAAACAAUAAAACUGGUAAUAAUACUAUAAGUAUUAGUCGCGAGCAGUUGAAAACGUUUGCCAAAAUUAUCAAUAAAUCCAAAAUGGGAAGUGGGUCCUUUUCAAAUAAUUCAUCUAAUGGACAAGAUGUUGUUGAUAACAAAAUUUUACCUGAUACUGCCCCAUCGGCUUUUGCUGGUAUGGUUGAAAUCAGUGAUGAUGGCAACGGAAUAUCUGGGAAUAAUACGCCUAACAGGUUGAAUUAUGAUGACAAUGAAAGUUAUAUUCCAAAAUCAUUUGCAUCGAACUUCAGAGCACAUGAACGGAAAACACAGGCACUAGGGUCUUUGCAAAUUGUACAUCAAGAUCCAGUAGUAGAUAAAACACCAACUAAAAAUUAUGAGCUUGCUAGUGAUAAUAUGCUACUGUAUAUUUAUGUUGGUGAUUCAGGUGGUGAGGACAUCAAUGCAGUAGGUAGGGGAAUUGAUGAUAGAUCAAGGGGUUAUAAUAAAUCGAGUGACCCACUGUCACCUUUUGGUAAAACUGAUACUUCAUCUAGUUUUCUUUUCGGUGGUGGUGGUUCAAGCACUAAUGCCAAUACUAGUAUACCUAAGCCAGCAUUUGGAGCAGGUGAUUUAUUUGCUACAAAACCUAAUAAUGGAAACGGUACUAAUAAUAGGAAUGACUACAGUAUGGGAAAUAAUAAUGGUAAUAGUUCGAUUUCAGUCGGUGGUAUAAAUGCAAAUAAUACUACUGGCUCGGAAUGGAACAAUAAUAAUACUCAUAGGAACGGCACUGGUGCCACAAGUGGGUCGGUGCUAUCAAACAAAACCCUGAAUUCAAAUGACCAAAAUUCUUCAAUUCCUUCAGCCCAACAACAAGCUAACAAUAAUAUAAAUCUGGCAACACGUGCAGCACUACUGAGACUAUCACUGUUGCAGAAUUUAGUUAAUCUGAAUAAAAGAAGCCGACCAGACUCAGAAUCUGAAGAAUCUGAUGAUGGAGAAGAUGAGGAAGACGAAGACCACGAUGAACCAGAACGUGUACGGAAAAAAUCCAAAUUAAUAGCAUCCACACCAAUUCCUAAACCAAUAAUGACUCCAUUGAGUGGGAAUGGUAAUAAACUUAGAUCAAAUUUGAUACCAUGGUCAUCUAAAGCAAAACCCAUAAUUCCUAAAMCCAAUACCAGCACCUGA